ACUUUCUACGUGGGCAUCACGCAACAUAGGUCUCUGCUCGCAUCUGUAAUCAUUCUCAGCACACUACACGUUUACCUCGUCGUAUUUUAUUAUUACAGUCGAUUGCCCAUCCGUUUGGUCGGCGUUGCGGUGUUCCUGCGAAGUUUAGUUACGUGUAAGACCACGCUCCGGUCGCCACUAGUCAGAUCCUUCGGGAAUUUUCUAUACGGAGCAAAGAGCUACGUGAUUCCUUCGUAAUGUCAUCGAAAUUGAACCGUCGCGACAAACAAGACGACGAACAGAUAGUUAUGCUGAGACGCGCUUUCAGCAUGUUCGACUCUCAGAAGCAAGGGAAGAUCGAGAAAGACAAAAUCAGGACCAUCCUCAAUACUAUGGUGCACAAUUACGAUGACCUAGAGCUCGAUAGGAUGCUGGACAGCGAAGAUGCAGAUGGCAGCGGGAAGCUGAACUUCGAUUCCUAUGUUCGCGUGGCUCUUCAUUUCCUCGACGAAGACGACGAAGCUCUUCAAAAAGAGCUUAAAGAGGCUUUCCGGUUGUAUGACAAAGAAGGUAAUGGCUACAUUCCAACAUCGAGCCUCCGCGAGAUCCUGGCCGCCUUGGACGAUCAGCUGACCCCAGAUCAGUUGAACGAGAUGAUAGCCGAAAUCGACACCGACGCAUCCGGAACCGUAGACUUUGACGAGUUCAUGGAAAUGAUGACGGGCGACUAAAUAGCUACAAAUAGAGGAUGGCUAGCUAUUUAUUACGCAGAUAUAGAAUUUAAUAAAAAUAAAUAUUUGUUUUUAA